AUGGAUAAUGUCUACACUGCAUUAUCCGCCACAUUGAUAGCCAAAAAGAGGUUUGUAGUAUCUUGCCAAGAUAGUAACAGAGCUAUCCAGCUGUUUAUCGAUGUUAUAGUACGAAAUAAUGGAUUCGAACUACCGCAAGACUAUGUAGCAAUCGAUUUAUUGCAACAUCAAACAAUUGCUCAAGUUGUUGAACAACUGACGUAUAUUUCAGAAGUUGAUAAUAAGCUUUAUUUUAAGAACAUCAUUAUAUGGCAGAAUUUACAGCGGACACCAAUUGAGUUUCAAAAACAGUUGUACAAAUUGAUUCUUCAAAUUGACAACUAUGAAAUGAAGAAAGCUGAAAUGAUUGAAAAUUUCCCUGCUAGUAUCACCAUUGAUAAAGAAAAUUUUCAGCAAGUCUAUAAGCCACAACUAUUCACAAUUGUGCCGUUUUUGGAAUUUGAACUCUUUGAUGAGAAAUUGUACAUUUAUUUAAAGGAGAAGUUUUGGCUCAGUAUCAAUUUCCCCACCAUGGAUCAUGGAUUCGCCACGAAAAACUCACCAUCACCAUCAUCACCAUCACCAUCACCAUCACCAUCAUCAACACCUCCACUUUCACCACCACCACCACAAAUGCAAAUCGAUAAGCGGUUGUCGAACAAUUACGAAACAACAAUUGUCAAAUUGCGAGAAGAAUUAAAGUCUGUUUACAUGUCACCCGACAUCAAACGGUACGUCUAUUCCCUAGUAGUGUUUGUACGAUUCCAUCGGCUUGCAUCCUUGGCACCAAAGCUGGUUAGACUUCCAACAGCAGCCAUUGACUACAUACACGAUCUAUGCAAAACUUUGAUUGUAUGGGAUGCAGAGUUUGCAAAUAGUGCAAGAGACAGGAGAAUGGUAGGAGUAGGUGAACAAGGCCAGGAUCAUGUAUCAUGUGAGCAAACAACGCAUUUGAAAAGAAAUUUGUUUGUUACUCCCAAUUAUGUCAAAAUUGCAUUUCGCAAAGUAGCAUACUGGUUGGUUGAUUGGGAAUACAAUAAGCAAUUUGUACAGACUGAUGAUCUCGACAAAAAAGAAACAGAAGCAGAAAAAGAACUAGAAGCGGAAGGGGCCACAGAAACAGAAACGAAAACAGGAAGAGCACCAGGAAAUGGAAAAAUAGAUGAACAAUCCCAAUCAGAGAUUUUAAAGGAUCAACAGGAACUUGAAAAUAAACGAUUAGAGAUAAGCAUGCUCACUGGCGAUUGGUACGGUAGUGAAUAUUACUAUGUAAAUGAGUAUUUAAAAACUCAAAAGAAUGAAAGGGACUACGAAAGUCCUAUUGGGUACACGAACAAGAUUGUGGAGGAAUGUAUAGAGUCGGUACGACCGCCAUUGUAA